UCUAUGAUCCUUGUCACACAAACAAGAGAGUUUUUUCAGAUUCCAUUUUUUUUUUCUGCUACUGUGCAAAAUGGGUUGGAAGAAUUUGUAUCAGAGAGCUAGGAAGCUCCUGACCUCUCCCAUCCUGCAAGACUCUUUUCACCUCCUUACAAUCACCCUCCUCAGCCUCUUGCUUCCCCUUUCGUUUCUCCUGGUUGCCAGGCUCUCUUGCGUCAACUACAUCUUAACCAUCACUUCAAAUCCUUCACAGCCUUCCCCAUCUUUUCUCUUGUCUUUCUAUUUCUACACCAAUCCAGCUGUUCUUUAUAUUCUAGUAUCUGCUGUUAGCAUUGCCACUCUUGUCCAUGGAUUGACAGGGAAAAUCGCAUUUGUAAAUGAGUCCCCAGAUGUGGUUUACCGGCCCCGUUUGUACAUUGCGUGGAUAGUUUUAUAUAUAUUGCAAGUUUCUGUUGGAUUGGGGAUUGAAGGAAGCAUAGUAUCAGGAAUUGAUGGUGCUGGUUUUGGAGCUGAGAGGAGUCUGUUAGGUCGAGUAAUAUUCUUCUUGGGUUUGCAUGAGAUUAUGCUUCUUUGGUUUAGAACAGUUGUGAAACCCGUGGUAGAUGACACUAUUUUUGGCGCUGUUAGAGAAGAAAGGUGGAUUCAUAGGGCCGCCAUGGCCCUGAGCAUUGGCACCUUCUGGUGGUGGAAGCUGAGAGAUGAAGUUGAGUCGUUGGUGGUUGUGGCAGAAGCUAAGAAGGAGCUGUCAAUGGACAUUGAGAUAGCUGACUUUCUUAGUUGGUGGUUGUAUUACUUGACUGUGACGAUUGGAAUGGUUAGAGUUGUUAAAGCUCUUAUCUGGCUUGGAAUUGUCUUGCUUUGUAGGAGGGUAAGAAGGAACAAUGAUGAAACUAGCGAGGACGAUCAAGACAAGGUCUGAACUUGACCCUUUCUUAAUUCUUUCUUUUUUUUUUUCUUCCCCACCAAAUAUUCUUGUUUAUGGUGAUUGAGUCAAUCACGAUCUCGUAAUUCUUAAUUGCAACUUGUACACUUGUCACACAAAAUAUAUAGGAAUUUUUUUUCAAGAAAAGUUGUUCAAGUAUUUUAUUAUGUAAUAUAUUAUUGAUGUCGCUGCC